AUGCAUAAGUUUUGGGUAGAAAAAAAAUAUUCACAACCGCUCAUUAUUACUGGAAAUGUAACCGAACUAGAGGGCGGAGGAGGGCUUCGGGAGGAGACCGCGGAGAACAAGUCGUGCUUGACUGACGUGGAGGUGAAGCUGCUAGGGUUUGACGCCAUGAUCAAGAUACUUUCAAGAAGAAGACCAGGACAAUUGAUUAAGACUAUAGCUGCUUUGGAGGAUCUUCAUCUCUCUAUUCUUCACACUAACAUCACUACCAUGGAACAAACCGUCCUCUACUCAUUUAAUGUCAAGGGAGACCAAGCCUCGAUCAUAGGAGGAGCAAUAGAGUUUGUGAGAGAGCUCGAGCAACUCCUACAAUGUCUAGAAUCACAGAAGCGUCGAAGAAUCCUAGGAGAAACCGGUAGGGACAUGACCACGACAACGACUUCUUCUUCUUCUCCCAUAACUGCGGUAGCUAACCAAACACAACCGCUCAUUAUUACUGGUAAUGUAACCGAACUAGAGGGCGGAGGAGGGCUUCGGGAGGAGACCGCGGAGAACAAGUCGUGCUUGGCUGACGUGGAGGUGAAGCUGCUAGGGUUUGAUGCCAUGAUCAAGAUACUUUCAAGAAGAAGGCCAGGACAAUUGAUUAAGACUAUAGCUGCUUUGGAGGAUCUUCAUCUCUCUAUUCUUCACACUAACAUCACUACCAUGGAACAAACCGUCCUCUACUCAUUUAAUGUCAAGGCAAGAUAUAUCAUAUGA